AUGAUUCUGGAAGAAUUAAUUGGUUCUUUUGUCGCCCUUUUUUCGAAACUGAUUCAAACACCAUCUUUGUCCAGGGAAACUCUACCAAGAGACUAUAACUUAAUAUUCAAACAAAAUCCUGAACAAGACGAAGUACGUGAUGACUUGAUACACCGUGAGUACGAGCAAGAGGUACAGCCCGAUUUACCUUAUUAUGAAGAAGCAUUAUCUGUUUUAGGACAAAUGAAUCAAGAACCCAGGCGAAAUUUCUGCGAAUCAUUUCUUCGAAGUUGUAAGGCAAAUGUUGGCUUAGUAACGAAGGCUGUUUUCAUAAUAGGCUCGUUGAUAGUUGGACUUGUCUAUCUUGACUUGAAUACAAGUAAUGCGUGCAUACAAUGGGUACAUAACAAGUUCGUCGUUUCUUCACACGUGCGGAGUUUACAAAUAACUGGGAUGUCUUUGAAAUUACUGCCGUUUUAUGCAUGGUUUCCGACAACCGUUUAUCUUUUGCGGGGUUUCGGAGAGUUCAAACAGAAUUAUCUGUUGUGUUUGUUUAUCUGUCAGUUGGUGGCAGCAUCCAUCGCUUGUGUUUAUGGGAUUAUUGUAUUUGAUAAGUUAGAGACAACUAUCACUGAUUACAGCAAAUACGGGUGA